AUGGACGUUGCUGCGACGGAGCGGGAGGUGCCACACGGCGGCGAGGACGCGCAGCGCGCGCGCCGUGUGAUGUUCGCCGAUGAGGCGGAGCCGCACGGCCCGCAGCGGGACACUCGGCCCAGCAACGGCGGGGAAAGCGGCAGGCGGCGGCGGCGGCAGCGGCACCAGCAGGAGCAGCAGCAGCAGGACCAGCAGGAGCAGGAGCAGCAGCAGCAGCAGCAGAAGCAGCCUUCGGGGGCCGUUGCGGAUGACCACCCGCCGGCGGAGGAGGCGGAGGCGACGGGGCACGAUGCAAACCAGCCGCGGGGCCGUGGGGGCAGAAACAGGCACUGGCAGCGUGGGCGCGGCGGCCCCGCAAAGGUGGCGACGGUGAUAGCGGAGGCGCUCGGUCUGGAGGAGGGCUCGGAGGAGAGCCCCAAGCAGCGGCUGGACGACUACGCCCUGCUGCUCUCGGCGAACGAGAACGCCGCGCGGCUGCAGCUGGAGGUGAUGCAGCUGAAGGAGCAGGAGGCGAUGUACAAGGCGCACCGCGCGCUGCGGGAGCGGCAUCUUCAGCGCGACGGGAACCCGGGCGGCGCCCCCGGCCAGCGCGAGGCGACGGCCGAUGCGG